CUGUAGGGACAAAAUACUAUUCGAAAUAAUCGAAGGUUUAGCGCUGCAAAUGAUAAAACCUCCGUUAAUUACCUGAGCAAACUCCCGCGCCUUCCGAAAUCGCGAAAAGCACACGGUGAUAGAGAGGAGGAGCGCUGCGAGAGGGGCCACAAAACGGAGGGGGGCUGAAUGCCAGUGUGUGACCUACACAUCCCACUCCUGAAUCACACAGGUCCGCAUCUUGUGGAACAGAUUAAGAAACAAUCCUUUGGAGAAAAGGCAGCAUAUUGGAGUUACUUGCGAUAAGAAGGCGAAAAGAACGGACUAUUCAAAGUUACACGUAGCUUAUACGCAUCAAUUUGUUCUUCAGCAGUCAAAAAGUCGAUAUACGCGCGGGUCUCUUGUGAAGAAUCGAGUUUUGUAGGCUACUAUGAUUUAAAAUAAACCCCCAGAUAACUGAGACAGUUGGCAAACUGACAGUAUGAAGAAUUUCUGCUUGCUGGACGCCAUUCACGUGGCACCUUUACUCUGGUUGACACUCUGUUCCUCGGGAGUCAGGAGUCAGUGUGAUGAGCCGGCGGAAAACUCCAAACUCAACCUCUCCGUGACCUAUGACCUGCCCAGCUUUGUGGCCGAAUCCACCAUACAGAACCUGGUGACCUUUGAGGGCACCGUCUACAUUGGUGCAGUGAACCGAAUCUAUGCGCUGUCUGAGAAUCUUACCAAGUUGUCGGAAUACUGGACUGGGCCGGUGCUUGAGAAUGGUAUCGGGAUGAGUUGUGGCCCCGCGAGAUCGGACGGUGCUGCGAAGACCAACAACUACAACAUGGCCCUGCUAGUGGAGCGCUACUAUGAUAAGGAGCUGUUCAGCUGCGGCUCCCUGGACUCUGGCGUCUGCCGUCGCCACCUGCUGGAGGACGGGAAUGUGACCAGCGAGGUGAAGUGCAUGUCCUCCCUCAAGGCGGACAGUGGAGGACGUCAGGGCUGCCCCGACUGUGUGACCAGCUCCCAGGGGUCCCGUGUGCUCAGCGUGGUGAGCGGGGGCGUGGUGCGGUUCUUCGUGGGGAACUCUGCGGUCCCUGGUGUCGGAACUGGAAGCCCGUCCCGACUGACCUCCAGCCCCCAGGCCUGGCAGCCCAAGCACCACACCAUCUCGGUGCGUCAAAUGAAGGAGACGCAAGACGGCUUCCGCUUCUUCUCCGACCGGUCCUACAUGGACCUGACGCCGGCCCUGCACGGCCGACAGCACCUCCGCUACGUCUACUCCUUCCAGAGCGGCAGCCACGCCUACUUCCUCACUGUGCAGCGCGAGGGCCGCAACUCGCAGGUCUACCACACGCGCAUUGUUCGCAUGUGCGGCACGGAGCCCGAGCUGCGGCGCUACGUGGAAAUGCCCUUCGAGUGCAUCCUGACGGAGAGACGGCGCCGACGGCGCUCCGCCAGCAUUGAAGUCUUCAACGUCCUCCAGGCCGCCCACGUGGCCAAGGCGGGCCGCGAGCUGAGGCAGGAGAUGGGUCUGAAGGAUGGGGAGGACGUGCUGUUCGCGGCCUUCGCCCGGUCCAAGCCGGACUCCCCGGAGCCCACGGCCAGCUCGGCCGUCUGCGUCAUCUCCCUAUCGGACGUCAACAACUUCUUCAAGGAUUUCAUCCAGAAAUGUCAAACCAAGCAGCCCUACCACUUCACCGGCUCCGACGAGAAGCAGUGCUACAACGGGAGUUCGUCGGACGACUCCUUCGGCUGUGGGAAGCACGAGGAAGGGUACCGCCUGGAGGUGAUCAGCACCAUGGCCAGACUGGACUACUUCAGCGGUCAGUUCAGGAACGUCCUGCUCACCUCCAUCGCUGUGGCAACUGCCCAGGAACAGACCGUGGCCAGCCUAGGUACUGAAGACGGACGCCUCAUACAGGUGGUGGUGUCUCGUUCCAAACGCAGCAUGCCCCAUGUAGACCUCCGACUGGACACCAAGUGGCCCGUGUCCCCCGAGUUUGGGCUCCUGUCGCCCCGGGACCACUUCGGCUCCCUAUUGUUGGUUACAGGAAACAAGAUCACCAAGGUCCCACUGAUUGGUCCUGGCUGUGAGCAGCAGUGGUCGUGUAGUUCCUGCCUGCUGGCGCCGGGGUUUAUGGGAUGUGGUUGGUGUCACGGCCGUUGCACCAGGUCGGCCCAGUGUCACCCAGCCUCCACCUGGACACAGGACUCCUGCCCUCCCGUUAUCACCACGAUCUUUCCAUUCAGCGGCCCCCUGGGAGGGCACACCAAGGUGACCGUGUGUGGGAGGAACUUUGGCUUCAACAAGACAGAGCGGUUUGACCACACAUUGAUCAGACUGGAGGUGGCCGGAGGCCCAUGUAAACUACUGAAACGAGAGAGCAACAGUAACAGGUUGGUGUGUUCCCCAGCAUCCCCAGAGAGUGUGUACCCUCCUAGCAGUGUGGUGAAGGUCCACAGUGGCAAGGAGAUGGCCCAGCAGCCGGGCUUCACCUUCGUGAACCCAGUGAUCAGGGAGAUCUUUCCCGAGUUUGGUCCAAAGUCCGGAGGGACCAAGCUCACUAUCACAGGGUCUUUCUUAGACAGCGGAAACAUCAGGCAGGUCACUGUGGGAAACACCACCUGUGAGAUCAUGAGUGUGUCCAGCUCUAUGCUGGUGUGUAGGACUCCUCCCCAGCCAUCACCCUCCCCCCAGGUGGUCUGUGUUAAGGUGGACUCAGUGGUCCGGGAGGCUCCUCUGCCCUUUACAUAUAAUGAAGACCCUCUCAUCUCCUCCAUCCAGCCCACACGCUCCUUCAUCAGCGGAGGCAGCACCAUAGUGGCCCAGGGCUUCUACCUCGGCUCAGCUCUCCAGCCUCAGAUGGUCCUCACCCUCACAGGCCAGGAGUGCAAAGUCUUCACCGUGGACUGUACUCAGGGUGAAGACAGGCUGGCCAUCUUGUGUACCACUCCGUCCCUGAAGGACCUUGGCCUGCAGCCUCCUGUGGUCACAAAGGGGGCGUUUCUACUCGACGGUUUCUCCACGCCGCAGUUUGAUCUGCUGUACGUUGAGGACCCUCGCUUUGAGGACUUCCAGAGACCCACCGUCACAUCCAAGGGCAACAAGAGCAUCCUGGAGAUUAAGGUACCAGGCCGUGUGGACGCGGAGGCCAUGAAGGGAGAGGUGUUGAUGGUGUCUAACAGGACCUGUGAGAGUGUGACUGUGGUUGGAAACACUCUGGAGUGCAUUGUUCCCAUGGAGCUUCGGGACGCCACCAACGAACUGGAGGUGGAGUGGCGUCAGGCAGCCUCCUCUGUGAGUCUGGGCCGUGUGAUGCUGGCCCACGAGCAGGACUACAGAGGUCUGCUGGGAGGCUGCGUUUGUAUUAGCCUCCUGCUAUUGCUGCUCCUCGUCCUGUUCAUCUGGAGGAGGAGAAACAAACACAUCGACGAUCUGGCUGAGGGGAAGGUUUGGUAUGACGGCCGGGCUCACAUUCAGCACUUGGACAUGUUGGCAAACGCCCGCAGCGUCAGUCCCACUAACGAAAUGGUGUCCCAUGAGUCGGUGGACUAUAGAACCACCCUGCUGGAGGACCAGGGCGUUGAGAGGCCAGAGUCAUGUAGGGGGGCUCCGCCUGUCUACGGGGGGCUAGGGGAGCUCCUCUCCCCCAGACUGGGGCUGGGUUUCGGGGCAGAGGGGGAGCUGGGGUCUCCCCUCCUGUCGGCCCCGGUCCACAUCGACCCGUCCCUGCUGCACCCUGACCUGGUGAAGGAGGUGCAACACGUGGUCAUCGCCAGGGAGCAUCUGCUGCUGCAUCUCAACCAGGUGAUCGGCAGAGGGCACUUUGGUUGUGUGUUCCAUGGGACCCUGUUGGAGGCUGAUGGUCAGAAACAGCACUGUGCCAUUAAGUCCCUCAACCGUAUCACUGACCUGGAGGAGGUGUCUCAGUUCCUGAAGGAGGGGAUCAUCAUGAAGGACUUCAGCCACCCCAACGUGUUGUCUCUACUGGGGAUAUGUCUGCCUCCUGAGGGAUCUCCUCUGGUCGUUCUGCCGUACAUGAAACACGGAGAUCUCAGGAACUUCAUACGAGAUGAGACACAUAACCCGACCGUGAAGGACCUGAUGGGCUUCGGACUGCAGGUGGCGCGGGGCAUGGAGUACCUGGCCAGCAAGAAGUUUGUCCACAGGGACCUCGCCGCCAGGAACUGCAUGCUGGAUGAGAGCUACACAGUGAAGGUGGCAGACUUCGGCCUGGCCAGGGAUGUCUAUGAGAAGGAGUACUACAGUGUGCACAAUAAGAGUGGAGUCAAACUGCCGGUCAAGUGGAUGGCUCUGGAGAGCCUGCAGACACACAAGUUCACCCCCAAGUCCGACGUGUGGUCGUUUGGCGUGUUGUUAUGGGAACUGAUGACCCGAGGAGCUCCGCCCUACUCGGACGUCAACUCUUUCGACAUCACCGUGUUCCUACUACAAGGCAGGCGGUUGCUACAGCCGGAGUUCUGCCCGGAUGCACUGUAUAACGUGAUGGUGGAGUGCUGGCACCCUAAGGCGGAGAGGAGGCCCACCUUCUCAGAGCUGGUGUCCCGUAUCAACUCCAUCUUCUCCAGCUUCAGCGGGGAGCACUACAUCCUCCUCAAUACCACCUACGUCAACAUUGACAAGAUGAGCCCCUACCCGUCCCUCAUCUCCUCCACCUCCACUCCUCAGGGCCACACCCUGGAGAGAGACUGCUGCACCUGAGAACGCGAAAGGGAGGAGAGUGAGAGUUAAGGAGAACAGGAGGGAGUUCUGGUGUGACUGUCGUUUCGUGUGGCUAGCUCAGGCAGAGGUGUGAAGUUAAUGGACCAAAGUUUGUGUAACUAACUUGGUCAAAUGUCCGUAACGUUACCGAUUCAGGCACUAAACUCGAUGACUAAAUGUGAAUAGUACAACUAAGACCUCAACAAAAUGGUUAAAAAAAUUGAGGGCUAACUAUUUUCAUUGCUAGUUAACACGCUGAAAUAUGAAUGUGGUGAAAAGACACAAUUUGCUAAACCUGAAUGUCAAAUACUUUAGUAAAUAGGCCAUUCCUUCAGAAUUAUAUGGUCACUCAUAUUAAGUGAGUGAGCCAAACUAGAAAGACUGAUAUCCAAGGCUUUUGUGGGCUGUGCGUAACAGUUGAGGGACGUGGUUACAGACAGACACUUGACUGACUCUGUACGCUGACUGUAAAGGACUGUUUAAGGACACUGACUUGCGCUGCGCUUUCGACGCGUCUCUAACACAUACAUAUAUUGGCUAAACAAGCAAGAGUCACCGUAUGCCCGAGAAAUGAUUAAACAGGAGGUCAACCAUGGCCUUCCUCUGGUCCAGAGCCUAGAUCUGCAUGUCCUGUGACUGUUUCCUGAGUUCGGGAAGUCAGACCUCUUGCCUCCAUCCAACACAGUCGAUGUGAAGACCUGUUCAGUGACAGAAGCCUUUAGGAGUCCAAAAGGCACACGAUGUGUGUCAAGUACAAGUGAAUCGCCCAUCAAACCAAACCACCCCCCUCCCCCAAAGAGGGAACGGGAUCACUUCACAGACACUUCCGCUUGUUACUGGGUGGCAUGUGCUUCGAGAUAUGGCAGAGGGCCAAGCUCCAGUGUUUUGUUCCUAAUGUGAGUGCUGGGUAUCAAUGAAGAGGUGUAUUGUAAAGAACCAUUUUACACCUUUAUCCUCCAGACGGCCACUGAAUCUCCCCGCCUGUCCUCGCACACCUCCCUACUAACUCCCUACAGCACCAGGACUGAACGAAGACCAGGGGCCGGCUUUGUUAUGAGCGCUGGUUCCUCUAGCCUCCAGGGGAUCUUUUCACUGAGGCGGAGAGGACUUGGUAAGAGGAACAAUCUGGAGCGAUCUGCUCCCCGGCCCGCACGGCGAUGUGCAGUACACUGGAUACUUCUUUAUGUGUGUAAUUAUCUUUGACGAUUCCCUUUUGAUGUGCUUCGUUCGAAACGUCUCGCUGCUUCAUCGCCGUGAGUGACUCACCUGUUAGGAAUCUGCAGAUGUUUUAAGAGUUGAAAGGUGUUUUUUUUUUGGGUCUUUCGGUUGGUAACACUUUGGCUUGAAACGGCCUGUCAUAGUGUCUUGUAUAGCGUGUGUCAGAACAGUUCGUGCCAGCUCAGACUGAAAACAACAGACAUAAUCAUGUUUGAGACCUCAGAGUCAAAAGGGGGGUAGAAGGAGACACGUUAGAACAUUUGAUGGUUUUGGGCGUCAUGGGGCAGUAGUUGCAUACUGCUAAGACAUCCUUUUGAAAGACUACUUCCAAGUUUGAUUGCCAUUUUGCCUUUCCUUUGUCUUUUUCUCUUUUACCACAGCUGCUGUGAUGUUAUGAGUGAUCAGGCCGGCAACGGACUGAUGUGAAUGUUUGUGCUAAAAUGUUUAAAGUGCUGUGCUAUAUUUUUUAUGCCUAUACGAAAAUGAGCCUCAAUUAGUAUUGGUAAGAUGCCAGAACACAUUGAGGUUUCAGAAACAUGGCCGCUAAACCUGAAUGAACCACUGCCUUUUGUACAAAAUGAUACCGAAUAGCAACUCUGGGCACAUCUUUCAUGUAGGACUACCUGUGGUAGAACGUGUGUACAUUACAUACAGUCUGAUAUGCAACCAUUGAAGGUACAGCACAGUGCAAGACAUAAUACUGUCAUUGAACAACUGGAGCUAGCAAAAACACUUCCUUCGCUAUCGACUAAUACUUUUUCUAUUGACAACUAAAUGGCUUGUAAAAUGUCUAUGUUUCUUACUGCCGGUGUAAAGUGUUCAUUAUGAGCAUGACAACGGAUCUAUGACUAUGGUACAUAUACUGUAUAUUGUUACUAUGCUAUGUCGUCUGUCUUAUUUCAGUGUAAUAAAGCUAUACCGUGGAAAACUG